CGUGGCUCAGGAGCUCCGUGGGGUGGAAGAAGCGAUAAAUGUUGGAUGCUGCCGCCUAACAGGAGCCGCUGUCCUCUCCGGAACACGUGACUAAUCACGACACGCGUGGACUGAGAACACACCUUUGGAUCACCUCCGGAAGGUUGGGCCUCACUGAGGGACCUUCUUAAAGCUCAGUGAGUCGCGCUAAAAUAUUCUUCCGACGUGAAGAUGUUGUCGCCCAAUUAAGGCAUCCAAGGAAGUCUUUUUGUCGCUCUCGAAAUAUUUUUUUUUUCUUUUUUGGAUCGUUCUCUGUGGCAUUCAAAAGUUCAACCUGAGGCGUACAUUCAAGGACGGACGGAGAGAAGCCGUGAUGGGCAGAUGGCUGAGCUUCUCCAAAACACCAACAUAGGGAUGAAUAAAACAUUUGCAUAGGAGGAGUCGUGACAUCUGCCACAAGACCUGGUGUGUGAUGCUGUGUCCCCUCCUCUCGCUCCCGGAGACAUGCCCGUGCAGGAGAUGGAGGUGAGUCCUGUCAAGUCCCUCUACUGGGAGCAGUUCCCCCCAAUGUCCCAGCGCAGAGUCUACUGCACCCCCGUCUACCACGAGGGACUGCUCUACGUGCUGGGGGGCUGCAGCGAGACCGGCACGCCCCAGGACAGCGUGGAGGUCUUGGACGUGGAGAGCCAGACGUGGAGCCAGCUUGCUCCGCUGCCCACGGCCAGGGCGGGGGCCGCCGCCGUGGCCUUGGGAGGCCAGGUUAUGGUGUUGGGGGGCAUGAAUCAGCAACAGACCCCCUUGGCGUCAGUGGAAAUUUAUCACCCGGAUGAGGGCAAGUGGGAGCCGAAGGCCAGCCUGGGGCAGCCGUCCAUGGGCGUCACCACCGUGCAGAAAGAUGGCAAGGUGUACGCGCUGGGAGGUAUGGGAGCGGACAUCACGCCGCAGGCCCUGGUCCGAGUUUAUGAGCCAGAAAAGGACCAAUGGCAGCCGCUGACCUCCAUGCCUACGCCGCGCUAUGGAGCCACGCCCUUUGUAAAAGGAAACAAAAUCUACAUCAUGGGCGGCCGCCAAGGAAAGAUGCCGGUGACGGCGCUGGAGGCGUUUGACCUGGAGAUGAAGAGCUGGACACGCUACCCUUGCAUUCCCAGCCGGAGAGCCUUCUCCUGCUGCGCUACCAACGAGCGCAGCCUCUUCAGCUUGGGGGGGCUUCAGCAGCCGGGGCCGCACAACUUCUACUCCAGGCCUCACUUUGUCAGCACCAUGGAGGAGUACGAUCUGGAUCAAGGUACGUGGAUGAAGCCCAGUCGAAUGUCCAGGAUGCGAGAGAAGAGGGCUGACUUUGUGGCGGGGUGUUUGGGUGGACGGGUCAUUGCAGCUGGUGGUCUAGGUAACGAGCCGUCACCUUUGGGCUCCGUGGAGAGCUACAACCCGGUAAAGCGGCGUUGGGAAUACGUGGCGCCCAUGCCCACCGCCCGCUGCUCGUCCGCACUCCUGCAGACCCCCGCCAUGCUCUUCGUCAUCGGCGGAGUGUCGCAGGGACCGAGCAACGCCGUGGAAGCUCUCUGCUUGCAGGAAACGGUGUGACAAUACCACAGCGGUCGAUGUUUCAUUCAUGGUGGUGUGGAAACGGGCCGACUCGGACGGCACGAAGCUACAAGGUAUCAACCACACGCACUUUUUUUUGUUCUACCUUCACGACGGUACACGUCUUUGGUUGAGGACACAAAAAGGCUGACAGAGAUGGACGCGGCGGUACAAAGACAGCCUGGAUUGUUGUAAGAAGCAGAGACAGUUUGUCUGUUCUGCGGAAGACACACAAGAACACACAAACAAAAAAAGACACCGUGUCGUAGAAUUUCACAUGCCUUUGAACUUUUGAGCAUUUUUCAGAAUAAAAGCAGGGUACUUUUGUGCAUAUACUCAAAGGAACAUAGGGCCAUAUGUAUGUGUCAUGCACCCCUGCUGCUGCUGUGACAUUUUUUUUGUUGUCGUCUAUGAUGCAGAUUUUUCUUGUGAUAAUUGUUUUAUUUGAAAGUUAGCAUAGUUUUACACCACAGUGUCAACAUCAGAGGUUCUCUACAGCCGUGCAGCAUGGAUGACUACUUUCACUUUUUACCACCGUUUUAUUCAACAAGGAACCAUAUUUGCUCCCUUAUUAAUACAUCUAUAGUGACAUGUAAUUAUCUUAAUCGACAAAAUAUCUAUAAAACAAUAAUAAUUUGAUUUCCAAUUAUUUUAGCAGUUUCAAAAUCAUCAAUAAACCCU